AUGCGCUCCGACGAGCACACGUUCGGCACCGACGGCGUGGAGCUGCAGUUCUUUCACGGGCACGACGUCGACGAGGACGAGGACGGCAGCACCAUGUUCGCGGACGAGGAAGCCUCGGCAGAGUCAUCAUCGGCGACGGCUCUGGACGCGGCGAAGCGGGCGGCGGUGGGAGUGGGCGCGCGGGUGCUCUUCUACCCGAAGAUGGCCUACAAGCUGGUGGCCGGCCGGCCGGCUCGGGGUAAAGCCUCGGAGGAGCCGUCGUCAUCGUCGGCGACGACUCUAGACGCGGCGAAGCACGCGGCGGUGGGCAUGGGCGCGCGGGCGCUCUUCUACCCGACGCUCGCCUACAGCCUGGCCCGGUACCGCCUCUCGUCCGAAUUCCACUGGUGGAACCUCAUCGAAGGCACCCACAUCUACCUCGGCGCCGUCCCGUUCCCGAGCGACGUGCCGCGCCUGCACGACCUGGGCGUCCGCGACGUGGUGACCCUCACCGAGCCCUACGAGCGGCUGGUGCCCAAGUCGCUGUACAUUAAACACAAGAUGGAGAACCUGGUGCUGCCAACCACUGACUACCUCUACGCGCCGUCCAAGGACGACCUCUGCCGUGCCGCGGCGUUCAUCCACAGCAGCGGGGAGCGAGGGAGAAAGACGUACGUGCACUGCAAGGCCGGGCGCGCGCGCAGCGCCACGGUGGUUAUGUGCUACCUGGUGCGGUACAAGGGGAUGACGGCGAAGGAGGCGUACGAUCACGUGCGGUGGUGCCGGCCCAGGGUGUCGCUGGCUCCGGCGCAGUGGCAGGCGGUCCAGGACUUCGAGGACUUCUACCGGCGGCCGGCCGGUGACUCGGAGUGA